AGUGUUAUCAAUGGUUUGUUCAAAAUGCGCUGAAGUAUGCAGUAAAAAAUAACUGGUGGCCGUAGGUAGGAAGUUGUAAUUUAUGGUCUGAACUGUUUAAGAUAUAAUAAAAACCUUAUAUGACAUAGAACGAUCGUGAAUUUAUUGGUGCCAGAAGCCGUAAUUUAAUUUGGUGUCAAGUUCUACAACAGUGUCGGGUGAGAAAGAUAUUAUGCAGUGAUCCACAAUGAGCAAUGCUCGUGGUCUCCAGGUAGUGGGUAUCGCACCAGGGCACUUGGGCAAGUCGUCACGAGACGACUUCCCGCUUAUGUCCUUCUUGCGUAAACAGAACUUGUUUGCUGGCUCUGCUGAAAGUGACAAUGCCGAAGAACCGGAACCGCUUCCGGACGCAGCAGAACUCAAACGACAGAAUGACGAACGCCUUGAAAAGAUCCUCCGAGAAGCCCGCAUCCAGCUGCAACAGCAAAGGAGUUGUGCCUGGCAAGACCCGAAGAGUGGGGAAGGCACCACAGGAGGUUCGAAGCUGUCAGGCAGUGGUAAUCUGGUCUUGAGUGGAAAAGACAAUAAAGAUACUAAACUGGUUGAGAAACCUACAGAGGCAGGUGGGAAGACAAACAGUGGUAGCGAAUCGCAACCUGCACAAGUGGAGGAUGGAGAAAAGGCCAAGUCACAAGGCCAGCAGAAGGGUCUGGGAUCGGAUCCAACAGUGAGUCGGCAGAACGCUCUAGAACGCCUACGCAGGAUGGAGUGGCAGCGGAACAAGACAGAGACUGUCAGGACCCAAGUAGAGUUACACGCUUUACCACCGAAGCGAGACUUGGCUGCAGAGGAGGCAGACGCUGCUUCUGAGGAUGCACGUGGCAAGUCCAAGGGCCGUAACCGGCGCCGCUGCCGUCAGCAGCAGCAGCAGCAACAGCAGCAGGUGGGGGACAGGCCACAGCUGGUCGUGGCCUCGCAACCCCCUCCAUUUCCUGGAGUCAGCUCUCGCUCAAGUGAUGUUACUCCUUUCUGGCGAGCUUCCAAGUCCAGUCAGGAAGAUGACAGAACUCCCUUCCCCACGCGUGUCAACGUGUGGUUGCAGCGACCAGGAGUGGAUUUGUUUCCAAAACAGCCAGUAUCAGAUAGUGAGCUGCAGAAGGCUGACGAAUUGGCCAGUGCGACUGAAGAGAAGAUGAUUAAGAUGGCUGUAGAGGCGAGCUUGAAAACUGCAGAAGAGGAAGGGACUAUAUUGCUGCCCCAACCGCCACGUUGUACAAAGUCAACAUACGUACAGCCACCUCCGCUGGAAAAUGAAGACUGGGAGGCUGACAUUGCUGAUGGUGCUGACUCAGAAAGGAACACAGCGGAGAAGUUGUCAAAAAAUGGCACAGAAAAACAGGCAUUCCAGCAGAAAGUGGAAGCCAGUGAUAAAAAUUCAGAGAAAUCUUUUUUAGAAACAAAAAGUAACACUGAAACUGUACCUUCUGCUUCAAAGGAGUGCACAGAUCACAGCUCUGUAUCUAACACGGUUAACUACUCAAGGAGAGUUCCUAGAAAUGAUAACCAUGCCUCAUCAUGGUACCAGUCAUCCACAAAGGAAAGGACUAUCAGAAGUAAAGGGGAUGGAAAGACAAGGAUUUCAUUAUACACGGAAGAAAAAGCAAGUGAAAAAGUAGUGCAGUGGAAAAAGCCCAUUCAGGAAAGUGAGUUGUCAACAGAUUCACACAUGAAGAAUUCUGCUGACAGGUUCCAACCAGAACCUGUGAAUAACAAGAAAACAACUGGAAUAUAUAAUGAAUCUCAGGUUGCUCCAAAGGAGAUUGUGAACAAAGAAAGAUGGAGAUCAGACUGGAAAGACAGAAGAAAUGAUUUUAAUGAAAAAUUAAGCAAUCAAAACAGUGUUACACGAAGAAAACCUGAGGAAGCAAAUGAGAUGUACAUUGCUGAUGGCUCCUCUUCAACAGACCGUCAAACUCCCAAAGAGCAGAGAUCAGAAUCGAAACGUAGGAAUCGUCAGGGUUCCUUACAAUCAUUGGAGAAUGACAGUGUGCAAAAUGCAGAUAAAGACAGUGAAGGUAUUGGCAAUGAUACCAGCACCAGUAAGUACACGAAUGUACGUAGUAUGUACUUCAGGAACAGUACUCCUUCUGUAACAGCAAACAUAAGCAGAGGAAACAGCAGAAACUCGGAAGAAAGCUCUGUAUGUGAUGGUACCGAAGGAAACUUGUUGAAUUCAAGUCAAAAUAGCUUUCAGAGCUCAUUUACCAAUGUUUGCAGUAAGUCUGCUAACAAUACAGACUUUCCAGUAUCUUCGGCAGCACACGAGCAGACUGAUUCAAACGUUCCAGUGAAUGUAACUGAGAGGGCUGCAGUGUGGAAUGCCAAGACGGGGAACAGUUCACAUCAGUGUGAAGAGAAGGUGCAUCAAGAGCGAAACAACUCCAGUGGUCAGCUCCAGCAACAAAGCCAAGUAUUGAAACAAGAGGAAGCAGCAGAAAAGAAAUACAACCGAGAGUGUACAAAUGCCAGAGUACAGGUUUCCUCUCCACCAGGUCUCCCGUGCCGCGAGCAGCAGAGAAACGAACAAGUGUCGAGGGAUCUGGUCUCUGCUGCGAAGCAAACUUCAGAGAGCAAGCCUCCAGAGCAAGAGUCAUCUGUCGACGAGUUCUUUCGGAAGUACGCCCAGCACAACAGUACUUCUGGGCAGGCUGUCAGGUUGCCAGACGGCAGCUUGCCGAUGGGUGCAUUCAGAAUCGGGGGGUCUGCUCCGGGUUUGGGAAUACAACCCAAUUGUGCUCAGGCACCAGUGAUCCAGGGAGCAGCAGGAGUGCCUACUAUACAUCCAACUCAGAUUCGUGUAUGUGGGGUACCGCAGAUGUACCAACCUUGCGGAAUGUUACCCGACAUGGGCACUGCCUUACCAUACAGCACUUACACUUACGUUGAUGGAACAAGUCAGAGGCCAUUGCUAGAGAAUCAUGCUAUGCUGCAGAAUAACAGUGACUGCUGUCCCAGUGCAGCUCCUCAGGCAAGCUCUCGCUUUGGAGGUAACAACAGUGAGAGACCGACAGUUGUACCUGUCACUCUGUCUUCGCAGUCCCCUGAAGGCGCAUACCCUAGCUUUGGGUCAUGCACCUUUGAGGGUGGACAGCAGACAUUUAAUGGCAAUCAUCUGGGUAGUCUUUUGAAAAAUGGAGGAAUGACAGGUUAUGGGAAUAUGGCAGCGGCAGCAGCCUCGUCAUUAAUGCCAGUGGAGGUAAUGAUGCCAGGAAUGGGCACGUCUCAGCCCGCUGGAGUUCCUCCUCCACCUGGAGUAUUUGCAUACCCUGCAGUUACACCUUUGACUGGUGUCUCACCACCUCGCUGUAGCCAAAUACAGCAGGGUUUAGUGCUGCAGCCGAUGCAGGUGCCCCAAGAGAAUAUCGGCGAUAGACAGGUGACACCUCGACAAGAGAAUGCUGCUGCAUCAAGCGUGCAGGAUGCUAGAGGGAGCCAAGUAUAUUCCAGUGCCACACAAGCAAUUCCGCACGUUCCUCAAGCCAGCGGAGUGUCACAGAAUACCCAGAUUGCAUCUGGUAAUGGCCAGACACCUGCUUCUCAGGAAUCUUCACACACAGUUUUGAACCGAAGUACGAAACCCCAGGUGCCUCCGACAAAUACCGGUAACUCGAACCCACCAACUAUGUAUACAUCUGUACAGCCAAAUGACAUGAAUACAUUCCUCACAUUGCACCAGAACGGAAUUGCUGAUUCGCCGGAUGUGACAGCUAUAGGUAUGUCUCAGUGGCCACUCUGCUGUUUCUCUCAAACUGACUUGACACAGUUGCAAGGAAUGCCUCAAAUUAUGAAUGCUGAUGGUACAGUGAGUCAUUUUCCGGAUAUGGCACAGUUUGGAAUGCAACAGUCAUUUAAACAGCCAGGUACCCCACUUGUAGAUCACAUAUGGUAUCCAGGAGUACCGCCUCUGUUGCCAGUGCAUGACGGUGUCAACAUGUGUCGGAACAAUCAGACGAAACAGUUUAGCAGUGUACCAGAUAUGCGUUUGGAUGCACAGGCUGCAAUGGUGCCACAGAUGCGGGGCACACACGCUACUCAGAUGUCUCAGUUUGGUCCAGAAUCUCAACAGCUGAAUGAACAUUCGCAGAUUUACUUCCCAGGUAUUGGCCAUAUAGCUGCACAGACCCAACUGAGUACUCCAUCAGCUAAUACUGUGGGACACAGCUCAGUGCCACCUGGAUUACCACCACAGCCACCAUUUCCUCAAGGGACAGUCCAGCAACAAAUUGGUUUCACACAGCACCCCCCAGGCAUCCUGCACACUGGGAUGUGUCAAAAUGCGAAUAGUCUGGCAACAGCAGGAAAUUCUCAACGAAGUGCUUCAGGACAGCCAGGGACAGCUACAGUUCCCAAGGGCAGGAUUGCGUCUGAAUCUACUAUCGGUGAUGGAUCGAGCUCCGAUUCUAAGAACGUCCAGAAAAUGCCCAGGGCUCAGAGCUCACAAGGUCAGAACUCACAGGAAGGUCGCUACCCAUUUCCUGGAGAUGGAAGCCGGGUGGACAUCUCGUACCUGGCCGAAAAGCUCAGACAGUCAUCCCAGCGUGGUGCAGCUCAAGGGAUGCAGACGACCGCAACACCUCAGGGCACGUUUCAGUCUGUUCCCGCACUACAGGGGUCAACUCCGAAGGCGCAGUUGUACUAUGAGAAAGUUCAAAGCCUCCUGUGCCAGCCACCAGAAGUCGUUAGCCGUCUCCUUCAACAGAUGCACCUUAAUGCGGGUGUCGCUCCUGUCGCAGACCCAUCUGCUGGGCCUGCUGUCGGACCUCAAGGAUACGUAGUCCCGCCUACUGCAGAAGUGUGGCCAGUGGUUCACAGUGCACAGGUGGUUCAAGAGAGGCUCCAUCCCAGCCAGUCACAGGGAGGUUACACCGUGGCGGCGAGGGGACGUGGCAAAGGCCGUGGCCGGUUGCGUGAUGUUGAUGGGUGACUCUGGAACUGUUGUGACAUUCGAGGUGCCUGUGCAAAAAAGAAAUUGUGAGAUAAUUGUCACAGUCGUGUGUUAAUUGGCUACAGUGCCGUAUCGUCUUCGUAUGUCAAUAAUGUAAGUUUCAUGGAUUUCCUGAGAGAAUGUGAGUAUUUGUGGUUCUUCAUUUGCAGCCCGCAGUUAAUAUUCCUGUUAAAUAUUGUGCUAGUUACUGUGUUGUUGCUAAUCAGGAAAUGUUACCUGGUCCGACUAGCUGACAAAGCUGUCCUCACUAACUUCUUUAGAAACACACCAUACUUUCUGCUUUUUUUGUAUUGAAUGCAGUCCUUGGAAGUGUACUGUGUCAAAAACCAUAAAUUGCAAAAAGAAAAAAAAUUGUUUUGCCUGCAAAGAAGACAGGUAUGUAGUGGAAAGCUUAAUAUUGGAUCUCCCUUGCGCCUGCUUUUCUUAUUUCGCCAAACAGAAAUCUGGCAUGAAUCUCAAAAUAUGCAGAAACACAUCUAGUUAAAAUACUUAUCUUAAUUUAAUGUUCUUGCUUUGUCUUGGAAUUACUAUUUUCAACACCACUACUGCAUGACAUCAGGAAGUUGCUGGAAUAGCUGUUGUAAAAGGCAGUUGUUGGAAUACUUCUAUUUCCUAGGGUAAAUGUCUAAUAUGGCAGCUAAAAUCUCGUUCCCAUGUCUGUUGAGCUGUCUACAAGUUCUCAUAUAAAUAUCUUUACAAAUAAGUUUGUAUUUCUGUUGCUUUGCAAGUAAUAAGUUCCUUAGAUCAUGCAUAGUUUUUGGGACCUUUCGUUGAUAGGCUCAGUUUCUUCAGUUCCUUAAAAAAGUAAGACAUGAGGAGAAUUAAUUGUCAACUCGCAGAAUAUCUCACAAAUAAAAUUAUUUGUGUAGCAAAUAUUGUGAGUAUUUGCUUGUUUGACAAAUGGGAGUUACAGUGUGUUUAACUCCAAGCAAAAGACAUGUUCUGUCUCUUCAAGGAAGCAUACAUAGUUUUUUAUGUGGAUGUCUAUUUUUUAAUAUAUCCAGUCAAAAUAUUGCUCAUUAGAGAUUUCAAAUUUAACAAGUGUGUAGUUUACCGGUUGAAGUUUUUGUCCUCUCUUAUCUGUGUCUAUGUUGUACAUCAACACCUUCAGUUAAUUGCCUGCUCAAUUUUACUCAGGCUUUACAGAAGUUGUAACUUAUUCUUGAUGUAAUCAAAACAGAAAUAAUUGUGAUACAUGUCUAUCUAAAGUUUGUGUUGCUGGAAAAAAAAAAAAAGAAAAUGUGUAGUCAUUUGCUGUUAAUAAU